UCUGCACCCCGCCAUGGAGGACCUGGAUGCUCUGCUCUCUGACCUGGAGACCACCACCUCACACAUGCCAAGGUCAGGAGCUCCAAAAGAGCAGCCCCCAGAGCCCCUCACAUCUCCCCUGUCCUAUGGCCACCAGCCACAGAUGGCGUCUGGGCAGUCUUCAGGAGCCUCAGGGGACAAGGACCAUCUGUACAGCACGGUAUGCAAGCCUCGUUCCCCGAAGCCUAUGGCCCCUGCGGGCCCUCCGUUCUCCUCCUCCAGCGGUGUCUUGGGUACAGGGCUCUGUGAGCUGGACCAGUUGCUUCAGGAACUUAAUGCAACUCAGUUCAACAUCACAGAUGAAAUAAUGUCUCAGUUCCCAUCCAGCAAGGAGACUGCUGGGGAGCAGAGAGAGGACCAAUCUGAGGACAAGAAGAGGCCCAGCUGCCCCUCUAGCCCAUCCCCUGUUCUCCCAAAGCCUUCGGCUACCUCUGCCACUUUGGAGCUGGACAGACUGAUGGCUUCACUCUCUGACUUCCGAGUCCAGAACCACGUGAGUCAGGCAAGGGAGUGGGCUGGUGUGGAGGUGUGGCUCCCGGCCCAUUUUAAACCUUUCCACAUCUGCUACCUUGCUGACUCAAAUCACAUGUAUCCCCUGCUGCAGCUCCCAGCUUCUGGAUCAACCCAGCCACCAGUGCCAAGCUCCAUGGAUGAGUCCCCUGCAGAGCCUGCCAGCAAAGGCGGCCUAGACACCAUGCUGGGCCUGCUGCAGUCCGACCUCAGUCGCCGUGGCAUUCCCACUCAGGCCAAGGGCCUCUGUGGCUCUUGCAAUAAACCCAUUGCUGGGCAAGUGGUGACGGCGCUGGGGCGUGCGUGGCACCCUGAGCACUUCCUUUGUAACGGCUGUUCCACCGCCCUCGGAGGCAGCAGCUUCUUCGAGAAGGAUGGCGCUCCCUUCUGCCCCGAGUGCUACUUUGAGCGCUUCUCCCCACGAUGUGGCCUCUGCAAUCAACCCAUCAGACAUAAGAUGGUUACCGCCUUGGGCACCCACUGGCACCCAGAGCACUUCUGCUGCGUCAGCUGUGGGGAGCCCUUCGGAGAUGAGGGUUUUCACGAGCGCGAGGGCCGCCCCUACUGCCGCCAGGACUUCCUGCAGCUGUUCGCCCCGCGCUGCCAGGGCUGCCAAGGCCCCAUCCUGGACAACUACAUCUCAGCACUCAGCGCGCUCUGGCACCCAGACUGUUUCGUCUGCAGGGAAUGCUUCGCGCCCUUCUCGGCAGGCAGCUUUUUCGAGCACGAGGGCCGCCCGCUGUGCGAGAACCAUUUCCACGCGCGACGCGGUUCCCUGUGCGCCACUUGUGGUCUCCCGGUGACCGGCCGUUGCGUGUCGGCGCUGGGCCGCCGCUUCCACCCGAACCACUUCACCUGCACCUUCUGCCUACGCCCGCUCACCAAGGGCUCCUUCCAGGAGCGCGCUGGGAAGCCCUACUGCCAGCCCUGCUUCCUCAAGCUCUUCGGCUGACUGCCUCUGGGUUCGCCCCGCCGGGAGACCGCGGCCCCAAAGACCCCGCCCUUACCCCAAACGCUGAGCUCUCCACACCUCGAGGCCUUGCUCUUUGAGCGUGGGGCUCCCCUCAGCCCCGCCCUGUGAGGCCCGCUGGGGAGACUCGCCUAAGGUACCCUAGUCUCUGUUCUCCAAGGGCAAGUUCAGAAAAGGUCCAGCCAAUCCCAAAGCCACAUGCCCCCAGAGUGGGCCGUACUCUGACGUGCGGGAGUCCUUCACUUUGCAGGAGGGCCCUUGCAGUUUCAACUGACUUAGAGGCCAGGCCAAGACGUUCCUCUCCCCGGUCCCUCAAUGCUCUGUGCACUUUUUUCUACCUACAUAAAUACACA